AUGCCUAGCAAAUUAAGGAAGGCUAUCGGUGCUGUGAAAGACAAAACCAGCAUUAGCCUUGCCAAGGUUUCUACCGCCAAUGCAUCAAACCUUGAAGUUGUAAUUCUCAAGGCCACCAGACACGAUGACGUCCCCAUUGAUGAACGUUAUGUUAACGAAGUGCUCAACCUGAUCUCCUCCAACAAAAUUUAUGCAGCCUCCUCUGCUCAAGCUAUUGCCAAAAGAAUAGGCAAGACACGAAAUUGGAUCGUUGCUCUUAAGUCUCUCAUGCUUGUUCUCCGAAUUUUCCAAGACGGUGAUCCCUACUUCCCUAAAGAGGUUCUUAUUGCAAUGAAGCGUGGGGCAAAAGUUCUCAACAUUUCCAACUUUCGAGAUGACUCCAAAUCAAAACCAUGGGAUUACACUGCCUUUGUUAGGACAUUUGCUCUAUAUCUUGACGAGCGGUUGGGUUGCUUUCUCACCGGAAAACUUCAAAGAAGAUUUACUAACCGGGAACGGGAAAAUAGCCAUCCAAGAAGCAGACGUGCCAACGAAUCAGUUUCUGAAAUGAAACCGGCAAUGUUGCUGGAUAAACUCUCUUACUGGCAAAAACUGCUUGAUAGAGCAGUUGCAACAAGACCAGCGGGUGCAGCCAAGACAAACAGAUUGGUGCAAGUUUCUUUGUAUGCCAUUGUACAAGAGAGUUUUGAUCUCUAUCGUGAUAUUUCUGAUGGACUUGCGCUUCUUCUAGAUAGUUUCUUUCAGUUACAACCUCAUUAUUGUGUUACUGCCUUCCAAACUUGUGUCAAGGCCUCAAAACAAUUUGAAGAGCUAUGCUCCUUUUAUGAUUUGUGUAAAAGCCUAGGGGUCGGACGAGCUUCUGAGUACCCAUGUGUGCAGAAGAUAUCAAAAGAUCUUAUAGAAACAUUACAAGAAUUCUUAAGAGAUCAAUCUUCUAUCCCUACAAAUGGUAGAUCACCAGUACAUUUGCUCCUUCCAGCACCAUCAAAUGACGAUGCUUCUCCAAGCAUUGAUAGUUAUGGCAGGUGUGACGAAUCUUCAGAACCAAAUGAGAGAUUUUCAGAGAGAGGAUCUGAAUUUGGCUCACAAUGUACCUCACUGGAGGAUCUCAUGAGUGUAACGGACAUGGGAUCAAGCCCACCUAUGAUGUCUAUGGAUCAUUACUUGGAGCUGUUUGAGAAACGAUCUCUUGAAGACAUCCUUUGUACUGCUGAUUCUAAUUCGAUUCAUUCAUUCACCAUUGAUCAAGGAACGUUAAGUGGGGCAAAUAGUAUUUUAGAUCUUGUAUCUUUGGAUGGCUGGCCACCAGAAGACCAACAGCAAGAGCAAGAACAAGGACAGCGAACCUCAGCCUCGGCAUUGGACUCCAGCACCGAUCAAAGUCAUGAUCACCAAUACAAUCCAUUUCUUCAAGAUACAACUGAAAUACCAGCAAUUGUUGCUCCCACAGACAGCCAAGCAGUAUGUCCUGUGAAUGAUAUGCUUUCAAUGGCCCCUACAUUUCAGGCCACCCCAACCUUCAGCGUGCAGAAAUCUGAUACAGCAGCAGGAUUACACAACGAAGACGAUCCGUUUCCAUAAUGCCUUGCCAAAAUGGCUGCUGGACAUAAAUCCAAUGGUUCCAUGGAUCAACAAAUUAUGUUGCAACAACAGCAAUUGUGGCUGCAGCAGCAGGACAGGAUUAUAGCGAAGAAAAUGUCAUAUAUUUGA